CCGAAUCAAUCGGAAGCGAUGUACGGAGUACAGCGAGCAAUCCGGCAAGUGGGUAUCAUGCUCUCCUUUCUCCGUCCGAGACUCCUCCUCCACAUUCUCCAUAAAGAAAACUCUGGGGAACGCAUAGAGCACUCAAACUAUAUGUAUUCUCUGGUAAUGCUUCUCACACCACUUGCGACAGCAUUCCGUCCAUCCGCAGAAGUUGACCUUGUCCACGUCCGAGUAUCACCCGCGCACCUGUACCUUCCUCAGGCUUCCUGCCUAGACUAGGCGCCAUGGAGCAGAAAUCUCAACCAGACGCCCAAGUGGAAACCGCGGAGCAGAAUCUGGACAGACAAAUGACUACGGACACCGUUGCUCUAGAGCACUCUUACCACACUUCCCUCCGCACUUGGACACUCAUCUUCAUCCUCGGGCUUGCAUGGGGAACCUGUACCCUGGCCAACGUGGGACCAGGCACGACUUCCUCGUACGUCGCAAAGACAUUUGGCGGAACGACAUCGUCGUCAUGGAUUCCGAACGCAGGCCUCUUCCCUCUUAUUGGGCUUCAGCCUUUAUGGGGCGCAUUGAGUGAUCGGUUUGGAAAGAAGUGGUUUCUCGUCUCAGGAGGCGUGUUGGGUAUAGCGGGCAACAUCAUUGCCGGCAAAGCCUCCAAUAUCAACCAGGUCAUUGGAGGUCAAGCUAUCAAUGGUGUGGCCGCAUCUCUCCUGCUCCUGGCUAUUCCCACAAGCAUGGAAGUUGUCCCGGCCAAAACACGUCCGUAUGCGCAAGGAUUCUCGGCCAUUUUGAACGGCCUUGCGGCCAUUGUCGGACUCGUAGAGUCUGGUGGCUUUGCCCAAAUGUCCACGGAAGGAUGGCGCUGGGUUUACUAUUUCAACGCCAUCUUUUUCGGCCUUUGUGCUGUGCUGAUUGCUGUGGCAUACCGCCCUCCACCAACUAAGCUGCGCCGCGAGAAUUCCAUCUCCAACGAACUCAAGUCUGUGGACGCUAUUGGAACCAUCACAUUGCUUCUUGGUGUCGUCGGCGUCGUAACUGCCCUUACAUGGGGCGGUAACAUCUACAGCUGGUCGAGCGCCCGUGUCAUUGCCAUGUUGGUAGUGGGAGUUUGCUUCCUGGUCGGCUUUGGUUUCUACGAAAGCUUUGGACGCAAAGAUGGCCUGAUCGACCAUCGCUUCCUCUCCUCUCGAAACUUUCCAGUGAUCUUGGCCGUCGCCUUUGUAGACGGCAUGCUAUUGUACGGCAUCAACGCCUUCUUCCCGGUCGAGGCUGAGGCCAUCUUCACGAGUAACCUGCUGAAAGUCAACUUGUACCUCCUUCCACUCAACGUCACUGUGCUGUUGGGAUGUUUCGGGUCAGCUAUCUUGCUCGGCCGCUUCCAUCACUAUCGACUCAUGCUGGUGGUGUCACUUGUCAUUGCUGGCCUCUUUCUAGGCCUCCUUGCGCUGGUAACGCCGUCGAAGGUCGCCAUGACUUGUGUUUUCACUGGUAUCAUUGGCAUCUGUGUUGGAGUGACGACGGUUGUUCCUGUGGUCGUCAUGUCAUACUCGGUUCCUUCGUACUUGCUUGGUACCGCCGAGACUCUCCUCGCUUCGACACGUGCUCUUGGAGGUGUGGUUGGAAUUACAAUCUUUGCCACGGUUUAUGGCAAUGCCAUGAAAGCCAAUCUUCCCACUGGCGUCGCCGAGGCUGCCAUCGGCGCGGGUCUUCCGAAAUCUUCCAUUACGGCCUUUCUGGGAGCGCUGUUAUCUAGCAUCGGCAGCCUUACCGAUGUUAAAGGCAUAACUCCAACCAUCAUUGAUGCUGCCCUUGUCGCGAUCAAAGACAUCUCCGCUCGUUCAUUUCGAUUCGUAUGGAUUGCAAACAUGGCCAUCGCAGUCGCUGCUGGGUUGCUGUGUGUCUUGCUGAAGCCGGUCAAAGAUGAGAUGACGGAUCAUGUUGAGAGUGCGUUGGAAAUAGGACAAUUGAGGAAGAAACAGAUGCACGAUUCCCAGCACGACUAGGAUCUGGCACAUAUGGCUU